AUGGCUUCCAACAACACCAACGCGGCCUCCGAGGUGAGCAACGCCAUCACCGACCUCAACGACCACCUCGCCACCGCCCUCGGCACCGGCGACGAGGGCAAGACCACCGUCAUCACGCUCGCGGGGGAGAACGACGGCGCGGCCAUGGACGCGGAGGACCUCGUCGUCGUGGAGGCCGGCGGCGAGGGGGAGGAGGGCGAGGAGGAGGAGGAGGUGCAGGUGGCCGCCUACACCAACAGCAACUACCAGGCGGUGAACAACUCGGUGCUCCUCGCCGGCAGCUGCGCCGUCAGGGACCCCGGCGUCCACGUCGUCAUCGUGGAGCACGUCGACGACAUCCGCGACUGCGACGGCGACGAGAUCUUCGAGGACGGCGAGGUGGCCAACAAGUGA